GUUUUUACUUUGUGGCUCUUUUCAUCUGCGCGAAGCCACAAAUCUCCUUUAUGUUUAUCUAGAAACUUCUAUGCCUCGGUUUUUGUUUCGGCAAGCGCAAGUCGGUUUUUGGUGCCGUGCCUUCUCGGCGUGUGUCGUCUUUUUCUACUGCAACUUGCUGACGCGGCAAUGUUUGUAGACUCUUCUGCAACUACCUAAACUACAGGACCUCAAGAAUCCCCCCACACAUUUAUUUCCCGAUUUGUGACCACAGACCGUCGGUACUACUAGGUCGCCUUUGCUUCGGUGUUCAACUACCAACCGUACUGAAGAAGAAAAAGGAGAAGGAGUCUAGUAAAACAGAAUAUGUCUUCCGGAGCAGACGCAAGUGGCACUGAGCCGCCGAUGACGCCGCUGGCGAAGUCGAGGUUUAAGCCGGGAUGCGCCGACCACUUGUCCCCCCCAGAACCAUGGCAGCCCCUGGUUCUGGAGUUGACUCCCGGGAAGCAGCGACCCUACACGAACAUUGGGAGCCCGACUUACCGCACCCCAACGGAGCCGUCCCCGCUCGCGUCCGAGUGGGUUCCGUUCGAGAACCGCGGCAGCAUGGUCGACCUGGGCCAGCACCCCGGGGCCUCCUUGCGCGACUUCUACCGCCCGAGCAAGGUGGAUCCGAUGGUGGGCCGGUUAAACCACCUCCUCGGGAGCUACAAGGGCGCGAAGGUGGAUCGCACCGUGAAGUACUUCACCAACCCCUCGCCCAAGCCCUACCUGUCGCACCGGGCCACCGGGGACUUUUACCAAUCCAACGCGGGCUCGGCGCAGAAGGACGACUUCGGGCUCGGGAACGAGAGCUGCUUCGUGCGGUUGUUCGAGAAGGAACUCGAGGAGCCGGACGCGCUGACCGUCAGCCGCGCCGAACUGGAGCGGGAAAAGCAGGAGGACCAGCGGGAAACGCUCGCGUUUCUGCAGCGGUACCGCACCAACAUGGAAGCGCUGCAGGAGGUCCAAACCAAGCAGAAGCGCGCCGCCGAAGCGGCGGACCGGGAAGAACAGAGGAAGGAGCGGCAGGCGAAGAAGGACCUGGAUUUCGUCGAAAACGCUUCCAGAAGACAAGAGAUCCUGGAUCGCCGCCCCCCGUGGAAGGAGCCGCACCUUGCGCCCGGGCCAGGUACAACUACACAGACAUGGAGAACAGAUUAUACAUCUCUGCAACUAGAUUGCAAGGCUACCACGACAUGGCCGCGUGUUGUAGUCACGAAUUGGAACAAUUUUAUACUUGUACAUGAUAGUAGAUUAGUACCACGCGGUUUAGUGAACAUGUGGAGGAAAUUUCGCCAUCAGCUCUCCGAGUUUGAUGAGCGAACGUGUAGCGGCGCACUCUUCUCAUUCGACAUUCGUCGCGAGCUAGAAAGAGCAAAAAGCAAUGUAUACCGUAUACAUUUGUUCACAAAUGAAUUCAGGCGAACGGCAUCCAGUGUUGACCGAUCCGAACGAAGCCGGUGGUACGUACAAAGAGUUGCUGUACGGCAUUUACACCGACGGAGGCAAGACGCUGCCGCCACACUUGAUGAAAGACGACCUUUGUCCGGAGCUCCACGGUAUCAACUGCAAAUAUAUCAAUCUGGGUCUGGUGGAAGAAUGCAUAUUACAGUUGUCGAUGCAUUUUUUCGAUGUGCGCAAAGGUCUCGCAUGCACGACACAGAGAGCAUGACAAGAGCUGCGGAACAAGCUUCUUCAUGCCUAGCCUGAGUGAUAGAUGAUGGCACUUUGUUCAGGAGAUGAAGAAGAACUUCUAUGCUAUACAGAUUUUUGUCUACAACGAACUCCAGACUCAACAGCAUCACAAGUCCAGACUGAGAUCGAUAUUUGCAAUGCAUACGCAGCCUGACCACACGGUUUCAGUACGUCAACCGUGCCAGCGGGUCGAUCAACUACGAAAAGCGACCGCUCAAGCUGUUGUCCCCGAAGGAGAAAGAGACGCGGCGCAGGCUGAAGCUGCUGACGACGAAGAUGUUCCGAAGCGCCUCCAUAUGGAUUGUAAAAAUGUCUGGGUCUGGAAGGUUGGAACUUGUAAUGCUAGCUUUCCAUACCUAGCUAGAAAAUCUGUAUUGCGUAACCAACAAAAGCCGCAGCCUCUUUUGUCAUGCAAAAACGCAGUUUCUCAUGCGGAUUGCCUAUGAGAAAGGCAAACGGUUUUGGGAAGUUGUCAUGCCGAACUGCAUUCGGAAGUGUUUUCAUCAUGCACAUUUUAGCAUCACAAGUUUCCAGACCCAGACAUUUUUGCAUUUGAUACUCCACCGACGCCCUGAAUGCCUCGCUCGGGUUCAAGCGCCGCGAGCGGUGGGAAACCAUGAAGGGCGAAGAACUCGUAUCGUAGUUAAAAACGUCCCCACCCCAUAGUUGUGAUGCAAAUCUGCAUGCUGCAAAUGUUUCUCAUGCGGAGCCCCAUGAGAAGCAUUUUCUAGUCGUGUUUUGGAAUUUGUCAUGCCCCAAUCAGCACGACAUACCAGCUCUGUGAUGCUGCUGAACUACCUCAAACAGCACUACACUACGAGUCCAAAUUUGUCAUGCAAAACAGACAACAAUUGUGGACUUGUCUAGCCGAUUCCCCAUCUUGACUAUGGUGUGGGGACGUUUUUACUCAGGAUAACUCGGGAAGUGGAUGACCGAUCCGGUCACCGGCGAGGUUUCGCCAAACACGUUUUACCACCUCAACGGGCAAAAACUAAUGAAGUAGUAGUCGGGUGGAAGAAGGGGAUGAGGAAACGGCUGCGUCAUGAACUGUCCCGCGCUGUAUUUCAUAUUUGUUCGCAACCCCAAGUAAAACGAAACGAGAAACUUUUUCCCCCGAUACACAUUCAUUAUUCUCUCACACACUCCUACUCUAUUUUUGUUUUCUCUUACCGUGGAGUUCUCAGUUACUCUCGUUAUCCUUAUGUCAUGAUAAGCUUCAGCUUGCUUAGUAAAACGUCGACCCAGACCUGGAGUUUUUAUUCCACUUGCUUAACAAUAACACGACGACGCCCACCAAUGUCGUAA